AUGGCACAGCAUUCACGGGGAGGCUUCAUCUUUUGCCCAUUCCUGAGCGGUCCCUACGGGGUUGGUCGCCGGGUGGGCGGACGUCGUCGCGUCGUCUCCACCCCGUCCACCAUCUCCCAGCCACCGACAACCAUUUCGGAGCGUCGCGGUCUCAAGAGACCCCCGUCCGCCACCCCAUCCACAUCCUCAUCUCCGUCUUCCUCAUCUUCUGCUCAUGGCUCGUUGGGGUCGACGCCGCCACGGACAUUGCUCGUCCGAAAAAUUGUCAACGGGAAACGGGGCACCAUCGUGUUGUUGCAGAACCAGCGCCAAUCCCCAUCCAUGGAAUCGCCGGAGAUGCAGCGCUACGGCGAUUCCCCCAACUUCAACCAGAGCGAGCUGCCGAUCUCGCACUCAUACGCCGACAACUUGACGAACAUCUCGGCCAGUCGACCCAUUCCCGGCGGGAAUAAUUCAUCUGGCGGCUCCGGGCACUCGACGUCUCCAGUGGGCGGUAUCGGAAUCCCGGGCGUACAGUCGAACUCGUUCCGCCAUGUCGUCUCCUCAUCAGCCCCCACCUCGUCACACGAUAUGGAUCAUAUGGCGCGCGGCUCGUCGCAGGGCCCAAUCAACGGCGAUGACGGCGAUUUCUACCGGGACCGCAGAAAGAAGGACAUCCAUAACAUGAUCGAACGCCGCCGGCGCUACAACAUCAACGACCGGAUCAAGGAGUUGGGGUUGAUGCUCCCGAAAGGCAGCUCAGAGGACAUGAAGCUCAACAAGGGCACCAUACUCAAGGCGUCGUGCGACUACAUUCGUCAGCUGCAACGCGACCGGGAUGUGAUGAUGAAGCAACAACAGCACCAGUCCAAGCUCGAGGUGACCGCCAAGCAGUAUGCCGAUCGAGUGCGGGCCCGACAGCCACAAGAACAUGCCGUUCAGCGACCUCAUCAUGGAGGACAUGAACUUGGCGACGAAUCCGCUUCUGCCACCGGACCGCUAAUGUCCCAGGCCGGCGGGCCAUCCUCAUUCUUGGCGGCCAGCCAAAUGUCGCCGGAUAUUGGGUGGGACCAGUCGAACUUUAGCCCCGACGCCGGCCAGAACCAAAUGCACAACAACCACAACAUGGACUACACCUCAACACGUCAUCAGCAUUAUUCCGUUGUUGUGUACCUGUACAUACUGUAUUAU